UAUCUAAUGAGUUACAUCUAACCUUAAGGGAUUAUAAAUUAAUUAUUAAUUUAAGAAUUAAUAUUUCGUCUAAAUUAAGAAUUAAGUUCCUAAUUAAAUUGGGCAAAAUUAGUUUUCAAAAUCAGAGCUGUGGUCAAGGUAAGAGAGUAAUGUCGAAGGAGGACGAUGGGAAGAAGGAGCAGUAUGUUUAUAGGAUAAGCACCGCCAAAGAAUGGGAUGAAUUACAGAAAUCUGGUUUCACUUAUGGCGGCGACCUAGACCAAUCUACUGCUUGCUUUCAUCUCAGCACUCUUCUUCAGGUGCAGCCUACCCUGCAAAGAUUUUUCACAAACACUGAUGAAGAGUUGUAUUUGCUUCAAGUUGAUUCAAAUAAGCUUGGGGAUGGAUUGAUAUAUGAGCUUGUGGAAGGAACCCAUUGGUUUCCACAUUUUUAUGGACCAUCGCGUAGCUUUGCUCCGCUUCCUCUAGAUGCUGUAACCAGAGCCAAGAAGAUCACUUUAUCCAAUGGCAAGUUCAAUUGCAGUUUGCUCGAGUAAGACUUUAGAUGUUCUGCAUAGAACGCGUACGUGGUACAAUUAUUUUGCUCAUUUCAGCCCAUUGCUUUCAGAAUCUUCUGUGUAUUGGGUUUACACUUUACACUGUAAUUGUGAAGUUUGGCUUCUGCAAUAAUAGAUGUUGUUUGUGUACUAGAGGUAUUAAUGACGCUAUGUAAAAUUGUAAAAUGGGUAAAUUAAGGGUUGCAUUGGGCAACAAAUAAAAGUUAUACAGGCUUAAAUGGGUUAUGUUCGCUUCGGUCCUAUUCAUUUACUCCUAUAAUUUUGCUUUUCUAUAUUUUAAUUGAAAUAAGAAUGUUAUA